AUGAAAAAAUUUUCAACGGAGGCGGUUGUGCUUGUGUAUAACGUGAAUUUUCCCCCAUCGGUGGCCGGCCGGCGACUCCCGCGCUCCAACAACAACUCGCAUGUGCCGUGGGCCUGAGGGCGAAAAGUGCGCCAAAAGUCUGGGAAACUGUGCUGGAGAGAUCGCUGUGCCCACGUCGGGAGUGUCCGUAAAUAAUAAAUAAUUUGACAGAAGUGCAUUGACAAACCAACAAGCUAAUCCGUGGGCAGUGCGGAGUACGCCUCUUCUAAGGUCGUGGGAUCCAGACGAGUUGAUUGCUGGCCCUAAAUUAAUUAAAGACUGUGCGUUGGUGUCCAUCGGCUUAUCAGCGGCGGCUGCUCCCCCGCCCUUCAGUGCCAUCGAACUUCACUCGGAUCGGCCGGGGCUCUCCGCGGUUAGUCAGCUCCACCUCGUUAAUCGCGAUUGUACAACCAAUUACCGGGUUUAUCAUCUAAUUCAAGAGGCACUCUUCUCGCACGACACAAACUAUAAAUAGAAGGUGAAGUGUCGAAAUUGAACGCCGGCGGGCUGCUACUCGGAGUAAACCUCAUGUGUUGAAGUUACAAUUACUUGGAACAAAAAAUAAAUAUAAAACAAGAGAUUUAUUGCGACCAAAGCGGAAGUCUAAUAUAUAUUCUAAUUAAAGGUCAGCAAUAAACAAGAUGCAAUUUCUGAGCAUUUCGAGAGCUUUUUGAGGGUGACUCCGGACUUAAAGGCUUGCUGUAGUAGUUACCCCCGAAAGCUAUGAUGAUGAUGCAGCCCUCCAGCCUGCGUUUGGCCAUUGCCAGUCUGAUUCUGUUCGUCUUUGUGCUACAUGUGCUCGGCAAGGAACAGGGAACUGGAGCAGGAGCACAGCACCAUCGACAGCACCAUCAGCGUAGUCAUGCGUCUAAGCGCUUUUCCCGGGACUCCAACGCAGCCCGUGAGCGAAGACCGAACAUUAUCCUGAUCCUCACCGACGACCAGGAUGUGGAGCUGGGCUCUCUAAACUUUAUGCCGCGCACCCUGCGCCUCCUAAGGGACGGCGGAGCCGAGUUCCGGCAUGCCUACACCACCACGCCCAUGUGCUGUCCCGCGCGCUCCUCACUGCUCACCGGGAUGUAUGUGCACAACCAUCAGGUGUUCACCAACAAUGACAACUGCUCCAGUCCCCAGUGGCAGGCCACGCACGAGACGCGUUCCUAUGCCACGUAUUUGUCGAAUGCCGGUUACCGUACCGGUUACUUUGGCAAGUACCUGAACAAGUACAAUGGCUCCUACAUCCCUCCUGGCUGGCGGGAGUGGGGUGGUCUGAUCAUGAACUCCAAGUACUACAACUAUAGCAUCAACCUCAAUGGGCAGAAGAUCAAGCAUGGUUUUGACUAUGCCAAGGACUACUAUCCGGAUCUAAUUGCCAACGAUUCCAUUGCCUUUUUGCGCUCCUCCAAGCAGCAGAACCAGCGCAAGCCUGUCCUGCUCACCAUGAGUUUUCCGGCCCCUCACGGUCCAGAGGAUUCGGCGCCACAGUACAGUCAUUUGUUCUUCAAUGUGACCACCCACCACACUCCAUCAUAUGAUCAUGCCCCCAAUCCAGACAAGCAGUGGAUCCUACGGGUCACCGAACCCAUGCAGCCCGUGCACAAAAGGUUCACCAAUCUGCUGAUGACGAAGCGUCUGCAGACGCUCCAGAGCGUGGAUGUGGCCGUGGAACGCGUCUACAAUGAGCUAAAGGAACUAGGGGAGCUGGAUAAUACGUAUAUUGUGUACACCUCGGAUCACGGCUACCACUUGGGACAGUUCGGCCUGAUCAAGGGCAAGAGCUUUCCCUUCGAAUUCGAUGUGCGGGUGCCGUUCCUCAUUCGAGGUCCCGGCAUUCAGGCCUCCAAGGUGGUCAAUGAGAUUGUUCUGAACGUGGACCUGGCUCCCACUUUCCUGGACAUGGGUGGUGUACCUACGCCUCAACAUAUGGAUGGACGCAGCAUCAUGCCCUUGCUGCUGAGCAGAAACCGAGCUGUGCGGGAUAACUGGCCUGACAGCUUCCUCAUCGAGAGUUCCGGCAGAAGGGAGACCUCGGAGCAAAUAGCCGAGUCAAGGGCACGAUUACAGGCUGAAAGACGUAAUAUGAAGUUGGUCAACAGUUCCCUGCUGGAGGAUUUCUUGGACUCUGGAGUGGAGAGCACAACCACCAUCUCAAGCAGAAGCAGCAGCAGCAGCAGUACUGCUGCCAGCCUGAUGAGCUCUACCACUCAGCAAUUUGAGGAUGGCGAGGAGGAUUUGGACACCGACAAUGAAGAGGAAGAUGUGGAUGGAGCAAUGGACAGCUCAGCUGCUGCUCUGGAAGAGGAGGAUCUCGAGGAUGCCGCCAUUGAGGAGGGUGACGAAGAGCUGGACGAUCAGGAGUUCCCUCACCCGCAAGACAAUGAUCUUCCCCUGGCUCCCUACGUAACCAAGAUGAUGCGCCUGAACUCGGAGUGCUCGGAUCCAGCUCUGUUGAAGAACUGUCUGCCUGGACAGAAGUGGAAGUGCGUCAAUGAGGAUGGACGCUGGCGCAAGCACAAGUGCAAGUUCCAUCUCCAGUUAGAGCAUCAAUUGGCUGCGAUGCCGCGGAAGCAGUACCAACGCAACUGCGCCUGCUUCACCUCCGAUGGCGUGGUUUACACCAAGAUUCGAGCCCCAUCCGCCGGAUCACAUCGCGUGAACAAGCGCACCCAUCAUGGCGGUCAUGCCAGGCGGCGGAACAAGCGUGAGUUGUUCCACACAGAGCUGCCCUAUGAGAUGGAGGAGCUUCUGGACCUGCACCAAGCGGUUGAUAUGCUCACCGAGCACUCGCAUCGCAGCAAGCGGGAAUUGUCUGUGAGCAGCAACGAAAAGAUUGCUCAGGUCAUCCAGCAGAUACAGACCACGCUGGAGACCCUCGAACACAAGUUCAAUGAGCACGAGCUGCACGGUCCCGGACUGCUGUCCAACUCCAGUUCCCAUCCCAACGGUCGGGGCGAGAAGUUCCCAAAGACCGAAGGUCAUCGUUGCUUCGUGGAUGCAACCUCGGGCAAGGUGAACUGCUCGAACGUAAUCUAUGAUGAUGAGAAGACGUGGCGCACUUCCCGCAUGCAGAUCGAUAUGCUGAUCAAGGUUCUGAAGGAUAAGAUUGGAAAGUUGAAGGAGAUGAAGAAGCAGCUGCGGGAGAGCAACAAGUUGGCGGGAUCAUCUGGUCGAAGGCAGGAGAACCGCCGGCGGAACGACGAGAACGUGUUGGAUGGUGGAGCCGGACCGGAGUUCAACAUGAGCUACUUCACCGAGAUCAGUAGCAGCACGGCCAGGCCGAGUGCUGGCGUUGGCCAAAAGGAGAUUUACCGGGGCUAUGGGAAUGCCGGCCUGCUGGACUCAUUGGAGCCACAGACACCUCGCUUUUCUCCUCGAGCAGAGUGCUAUUGCGAGCCAGAUGUGGGGGAGAGCUACGCGGACUCCAAGGAAAUGGCCCGCGAGGCUCGCAGGAAGCUGAAGGAGGAGAGGCAGCGCAAGAAGGAGCGCAAGCGCAUCAAGAAGGCCCGUCUGGAGAAGGAGUGUCUGUCGGAGAAGAUGAACUGCUUCUCGCACGACAACCAGCACUGGCGCACAGCUCCGCUGUGGAACGACAGUCCCUUCUGUUUCUGCAUGAACGCCAACAAUAAUACUUAUUCCUGCCUAAGGACCAUUAACUCUACCCACAACUAUCUUUACUGCGAGUUUACCACGGGCCUGAUUACCUUCUACAACCUGACAAUAGAUCGCUUUGAGACCACAAAUCGUGCUGCAGGCCUGACACCCGGUGAGAGAGCCCACAUGCAUGAUGCCCUGGAUCAACUGAAGGGCUGUAGGGGCCGCAGUUGCAGCAUCCGGCGACAUCAAGCCCAGUUGGAUAGCGGAACCAGUGCCCCACAGCUGCCCAGUGCCAUCAAUCAGGUGCAUCGCAACAACAAACGCAAGCACUCUCCCCUUGCGGGAACCGUAGGUAACUACGCCUUCGUGGGACCACGACUGGACAUGGAUGGGCUGCCUCCCAUGAAGCGACGUAAGCUGUCCAAAUACAACAGAUUGACAGGCUCGCAGCAGACGCACCUAAAGCGGCGUCCGUGGAAGCAGCAACCCCACCAGCAACAGUCGCCCAGAUUCUUGUCCACACACUCAGUGAGCCCGGCAGCAGUGGCCUAGAGAUGAUGGGACCGGAGGAUGGGAUCACUCCACAUACAUAUCCUAUGCGUACCUUGCUUGCCAGCUCCCAGCACCAGCUCCAAUCCCUGCUAUUUGGUUUGGCCCCCCCCCCCAUUGGAUUUCUUCAUACAUAAAUAAGACUGUGUUUUAAUCUAUUAUCUUACUUACGUUUAGACUCUUGUAACCAAACUGUGUGUGUAUGUGAAGUUUCUUCUAUUUGGCUUGCAAUAUUUAUACUUUAUAGUAACAGCCACACAUUUUAAUUAAUUAGCUCAUAGGAUGCCUAAUUUGUACAUAAAUUGAUAAGCAAAACCCAGAAGCAGCCAGUACCGAAUGCUACAGAAACUAAAUAAAUUAUUUAGCGAAAUUGGUUAAAAGUUAAAUUAGUUGAGUAUAUAUCCUAGCAAAGAAUUCGAUUAAUUGUAGCGAAUCCAAGUGAAAUUGUAUUUAUUGGCCAUUCUCAUUGCGAAAUGAACAAAACGCUAUGCAUACAUAACAAAUUCGUUGUCACUGCGUAUUAAUUAGAGAACUAAACCAUAUAUAUUUAUGCCGUACUAGACACGUAACAAUUGUUAAGAGACCCCCAAGCCCCGCCCAUGCCGCAAAUUCCCAAAGACGUUUAGGUAGCAAACCCGCUUUUAUGCGAGCAAUAAACAAAAAUAUUGUAUCGGCCACGUUAAUAAUGUCAUACCAUUAACUCUGAAAAUUA